GAGACUAAGGUGGUAGUUAGGUGAAAGAUGUGGAUAAAGAUCAUUUGGGAGGUGAAAUAAAGCUUGGCCAUCAGUAGAGCCCAGCAUGCCUCCAGGCCACGAGAUGAACAGCCAUGUGGUGCCCCUCUUGGGAAAGGGAAGAUAGCACAUUAGAAGGAAGAUAAAAGGAUCAGUGAGUGUCCCCAUGAUGAAUGAUUGAGCCUCUGUGUUCGAGGUUUCUAAGAGGAAGCAAAGGCAACAAAGGCAGGAGUUGGGUGAAGGAGGGUGACAAAGGACAAAAGUCCAGGCCCCAUGCUGUUAGACCUGUAAUAAUGUGGACAGAGACCUGGCAAAUGGUCUGACAGCCUUAGGGUGCUGGAAACUGAGGUUAGAGUUGGUGUCAGAGAAAGAGGGGCUCAGAUUGAAAAGGGGAGGAGUUGCUGAACAAUGGCCAGAAGAGAUUUGCCCUCUGUCCAGAGAGAGGACCUGGGAGGAGCAUGGAGAGCCAGGAUGGGGACAUCACCACCUUCCCAAGCUGCUUGGGACCAGAGGUGAAGAUGAAAGUGAAAGAGAAGCAAAACAGGGUAGUGUCGUCUGAGCUAAGGUGAAAGCGAAAGCAGAUCCGUGAAGUCCCGCUGAGAGCAAGGCUUAGACCUUUCGCGCUCCCCACUGGUCUCACUCCUCUAACCGUCGACCCCCAAUCCCUGGACUGCCCUGCUCACCCCAAGAUGCUAAAGGCAGCGCUAGAGCCCCGAGGGGGCUUCUCUUUCGAAAACUGCCAGAGAAACACAUCCUUGGAACGGAAGCUCCCGGGGCUUCGGGUCCCUCAUGCACGAAAGACCGGAACAACCAUCGCGGGCCUUGUGUUCCGAGACGGGGUUAUCUUGGGCGCGGAUACGAGGGCCACUAACGAUUCAGUAGUGGCGGACAAGAACUGCGAGAAGAUCCAUUUCAUCGCGCCCAAAAUCUACUGCUGUGGGGCUGGAGUAGCUGCGGACGCUGAGAUGACCACGCGGAUGGCGGCAUCUAACAUGGAGCUACAUGCGCUGUCUACCGGCCGCGAGCCCCGCGUAGCCAUGGUCACCCGCCUUCUGCGCCAAACGCUNNAAAGGUACCAGGGCCACGUGGGUGCAUCGCUGGUCGUGGGCGGCGUAGACAGGACAGGACCACAGCUCUACAGUGUGCACCCCCACGGCUCCUACAGCCGUCUGCCCUUCACGGCCCUGGGCUCCGGCCAGAAUGCAGCCCUGGCGGUCUUGGAGGACCGGUUCCAGCCGAACAUGACGCUGGAGGCCGCGCAGGGGCUGCUGGUGGAAGCCAUCACUGCAGGAAUCCUGGGUGACCUGGGCUCUGGGGGCAGUGUGGAUGCAUGUGUGAUCACAGGGACUGGUGCCAAGCUGCUGCGAACACUGAGCUCACCCACAAAGCCCAUAGAGAGGCCAGGCCAGUACAGCUUUGCCCCUGGGACCACAGCUGUCCUGUCCCAGACAGUGAUGCCACUGCCCCUGGAACUGGUGGAGGAAACUGUGCAGACCAUGGAGGUGGAAUGAAGUAGGCUGAGGCUUAGAGCCUGGAACAAGGGGGAAUAAAUGCAGAAAAUGCAAAUACCUGAA